AUGGGACUCUUGUCGAAGCUCUGCCUGUUCCAAAGCAGCGACGCCUCUUCGGGCCGAGCUGGCCGCUGUUCCCGCUCCACCUUCUGCAACAUCAAGAUGUUCGUGCUCUGCCAUGGCCUCCUACAGCUUUGCCAGCUCCUGUACAGUGCCUACUUCAAGAGUAGUCUCACCACCAUUGAGAAACGUUUCGGCCUCUCCAGUUCUUCCUCAGGUCUCAUUUCCAGCUUGAAUGAGAUCAGCAAUGCCAUCCUUAUCAUCUUUGUCAGCUACUUCGGCAGCCGGGUGCACCGUCCACGGCUGAUUGGCAUCGGGGGCCUCCUCCUGGCUGCGGGUGCCUUCUUCCUCACCCUCCCACACUUCCUCUCAGAGCCUUAUCAGUAUACCAUGGCUAGCACUGGGAACAGCAGCCACUUCCAGGCCGAGCUCUGUCAGAAGCACAAGCAAGACUUGCCCCCCAAUAAAUGCCAUAGCACGAUCCAGGACACCCGGAAGGAGACCACUAGCAUGUGGGGCCUGAUGGUUGUUGCCCAGCUGCUAGCCGGUAUUGGGACAGUGCCCAUUCAACCAUUUGGGAUCUCCUACGUUGACGACUUUGCAGAGCCCAACAAUUCACCCCUGUACAUCUCCAUCCUGUUUGCCAUCUCUGUAUUUGGACCAGCUUUUGGGUACCUGCUGGGCUCUGUCAUGCUGCAGAUCUUUGUGGACUACGGCAGGGUCGACACAGCCACAGUUAACUUGAGCCCUGGAGACCCUCGAUGGAUUGGAGCCUGGUGGCUGGGCCUGCUCAUUUCUUCUGCCUCCUUGGUUGUCAUCUCUUUCCCUUUUUUUUUCUUUCCUCGAACAAUGUCCAGAGGAGUGGAGAGGUCUUCUUCCAUGGUGGAUGAGACAAGGAAGAUAGAAGAGGUCCAGUCAGGAGGCUCCCUGGUGGAUUUCAUUAAACGGUUCCCCCGAAUCUUCCUAAGGCUCCUAAUGAACCCGCUCUUCAUGCUGGUGGUCCUGGCCCAGUGCACCUUCUCCUCCGUAAUUGCCGGUCUUUCCACAUUCCUCAACAAGUUCCUGGAGAAGCAGUAUGGCGCCUCCGCGGCCUAUGCCAACUUCCUCAUUGGUGCUGUGAACCUUCCUGCUGCAGCCUUAGGGAUGCUGUUUGGAGGAAUCCUCAUGAAACGUUUUGUUUUCUCCCUGCAAACCAUCCCCCGUGUGGCCGCCACCAUCAUCAUCAUCUCCAUUAUCCUCUCUACCCCUCUCUUCUUCAUGGGAUGCUCCACCCCAGCUGUGGAAGAGGUCUACUCCCCCAGCACAUCAAGUUCUAUACAUCCACAGCCUCCCGCCUGCCGCAGGGACUGCUCGUGCCCAGAUUCCUUCUUCCACCCCGUCUGUGGAGACAACGGAAUUGAGUACCUCUCCCCUUGCCAUGCUGGCUGCAGCCACAUCAACUUCAGUUCUAUAGCCUCCAAAAAAAUGAUCUAUUUGAACUGCAGCUGUGUGAUCAAAGGAUCUGGUUCAGCAAAGACGGGGUCGUGCCCUAUCUCUUGUGCCCACUUCCUGCUCCCAGCCAUCUUCCUCAUCUCCUUUGUGGCCCUGAUAGCCUGCAUCUCCCACAACCCCCUCUACAUGAUGGUUCUGCGUGUGGUAAACCAGGAAGAAAAGUCAUUUGCCAUCGGGGUACAGUUCUUGCUGAUGCGCCUGCUGGCCUGGCUGCCAUCUCCAGCCUUGUACGGCCUCACCAUCGACUAUUCCUGCAUCCGGUGGAGUUUGCAAUGCUCAGGGAGGCGAGGGGCCUGUGCCUACUACGACAACGAUGCACUCCGAAACAGGUACCUGGGCCUGCAGGUGGGCUACAAAGUACUGGGUGUGCUGUUGCUUUUCUUUACUGGUUGGAGAGUGAAGAAGAACAAAGAAUACAAUGUGCAGGAGAAGGCUGCCGGCCUCAUCUGACCCUGGGCCUCAGACUGCCACCCUACCCCGGAGAGUGGACUCUGCCUCCAUACACCUGCCUAUAUUUACUAAUGUUAACAAGUCAU